GCUCGCAGUCAUACGAAGUUUGGGUCCGUUGUACCUACACACACCUCAAGCCUCAAGGGCCCUCCUCAAAUUCGGCAAGAUGGGCGCAUACAAGUACGUUAGCGAGCUCUACAAAAAGAAGCAGUCGGAUGUCCUUCGUUUCCUCCUCCGUGUUCGUGCUUGGGAGUACCGUCAGUUGAACGUCAUCCACCGCGCAUCGCGCCCCUCGCGCCCGGACAAGGCCCGCCGCCUUGGCUACAAGGCCAAGCAGGGCUACGUGAUCUACCGUGUCCGUGUCCGUCGCGGCAACCGCAAGAAGCAGGCUCCUAAGGGUGCCACGUACGGCAAGCCCGUACGCCAGGGUGUCAACCACAUCAAGCCUCAGCGCUCUCUCCAGAGCGUCGCUGAGGAGCGCGUAGGCAGGCGCUGCGGCAACCUCCGCGUCUUGAACUCGUACUGGGUUAACCAGGAUGGUGUCUACAAGUACUACGAGGUCAUUCUCGUGGACCCGAGCCACAAGGCUGUUCGUCGGGACCCCAGGAUCAACUGGAUUGUCAACCCCGUCCACAAGCAUCGCGAGCUGCGCGGACUUACCAGCACUGGCAAGCGCAACCGUGGUAUCGGCAAGGGUCACCUCCACAACCACGCGCCCCAGUACUCUACCUGGAAGAAGCACAACACUCUCAGCCUCCGCCGCUACCGGUAGAUGGUGUUACUUCUCCUUGCCUUGUAUUCCCGCCACAUGUUCAUUGCCUCACCCGAUUCAUGUUACCAUGCUCGCUAUGGAGUGUAUGCCCGAACCCGUCACAAAUGCAUCACUUGGCCUCCAGUGGUUCAUGCUCA